AUGACCUCCACGUGGACGACGACGACGACGACGAGGCUCUCUCACUGUCUUCCUGCAGUGAGAGCUCGGACGAGAUGCUAUUCGUCUUCAUUGCUAGCAUCGACGACGACGACGUACAGUGGAGGAGGAGGAAGAAGAAAACAACAACAACAAGCACAGAAUUCUUCUCGUCGUAAUUCGAGCAGAAUUGCGCGGAGCAGAAUUCUCGCGACGAAAGGAACCAACCAAAACGACGGCGGCGAAGCGGCGUUGUUGCAACAAACAGCAAACAAAGGAGGAGGAGAAAAAGAAGAGGACGACGAAGAAGAAGGCGAUAAAGAAACGAGGUCUUUGCAGAGGCAAUCGAGCACGGAGGAUAUGUUUGCGCUGUAUUGCGAAAAACACGUGGAACUCGUCGCGAACGCGCUCGGGAACGACGCCAAAUGUAUGCUAAUAUCUCACCGAAGAACGCUCGGGAGGAGGUUUGCGAUUAGCACAAGUCGCCUCUUUUCCAACCCUGUACACUGGUAUGGAUUCAAAUGCAAACAGCACUAG